ACGUGAUUCACUCUUGUUUUCAAAUCAUUUUUGUCUUUCAAUUGGUCUCAAAAGUGACACAAAAUCGUGACAUUUAUUUCAUUAAUUGAUAUCGAUUUCAAUUAAUUACAUAUCGUUUGCAUUGAAAGCCAUGUCUUUGUUAUCACUCAUCAGUGAAGGCGAGCGAAGGUAUAUCUGCGGAGGCAUUGAUUGUGGGCUGCGAUCGGACGGCCGGUCUUGCGAUGACUAUCAGCUGAUCUCAGUUGAGAGAGACGUCACCCAUAACUGCGACGGUUCCGCACAUAUCAGGUGCGGACACAACGAUGUGUUGGUUGGCAUCAAACUAGAGAUGGAAAGUGUCCAACAGUUGCAAGACUGGGAUCAAUGCGGAAGAAUCGACUUCUCGGCCGAUAUGACAGCAAACGCCUCACCAGUAUUUGAAGGAAGACAUGGCGAAGACAUCACUAAUAUUUUGGUUAAUUUGUUCUCUGAAUCCAUUCCUCAAUGUCUGGAUCUCAAGUCUUUAGUAGUGGUUCCGAACAAACAUUUUUGGGUCAUUCAUAUCGAUAUUGUAGUUCUUGAGUGCGGAUCACUUCCAUCGUUGAUUGAUUCGGCGGCCAUUGCUGUCAAAUCGGCUCUCUUUGACACCAAAAUACCAAAAGUGAGUCCCAUUUUGGGUGACGACAACGACUUUGUCGUUUCUGACGAUGAGUUUGAGUCGACACGACUGGAUGUGAGUUCUGUGCCAUUGUUUGUCACAUUAACCCGAAUUAGUGGCCGAUAUGUUGUGGACGUGACUCGAGAGGAAGAGGAGGCCGGAGUCGCCAGUAUAUCAUUCGCUAUUAAUUCCACUGAAGGUAUUGUUUAUGUGAAGAAAUUAAAGUCUGGAAGUUUACACCCGGAACCCAUUCAACAGAUCCAUCAGAGUGUCCAAAAAGUGGGAAACACUCUCAACGAGUCCCUAAUGUCAAAGUUGUCAACCGAUUCACUAAAUAAGGGCAAAAUCAGCUUCUCUUUCAAUUAAUCCUUUUUCGAUACCAUUUGUAAAUAAAUUAAUAAUUCUUUAA